AACUGGAAGAGUCUAAGCUGCUGCUCCCCUCCUCACUCACUCCCCCUCUCCAUCAUCCUGCCCCCCAUUCCUCCCCUCUCCUUAAUUAAGCUUUCACUUCUGCAAGGGGGGGUGGUGGUAUAAAGACCCCUCAUCCCACCCCAGCUCUCCUGCACUCUCCCACCUUAGCACUCACCUCUACACACCUCUCUCUAUCUCCCACUGCAUCCCUCUCUCAGCACCGGGCACUGUGCACCUCUAGACCCACCAUCACUAGCCUUAGCAGCCCAGGGGAAGAGGGGGACUCAUUCUAUCCAAAAAGCUGAAACUCUCUAAUCUGCCACCGUGGACUCUGCAGAGGAAUCAGCUGUUGGUAUAUACGCCAUGAGUACCCUGAAAAACGACAAUGAGCACAACAAUAACAUAGAAGAAGAGGUAAGUGCCUGUUUUCAACCUACCUGUCCACACCCUCCCUGCUUCCCGUCUCUUUUAAGGCUGUAAAACUGUUACAUUGUUUUCAUCCACCCUUCUCUUUAACCUUCUACUUCAGGUGUUCUUUAGAAGCCUCAAACAGCUUUGUUUUAUUACUGGGAGUUCUAUUUUAUUACCUCCUUACUGGGUGUCACUGGCUCCUUCAUAUGUAGUUAUUUGACUAAACGUGGGUCCUAUAGACUUGCUGUGGCAAUCACAGCUUCCACCUUUUUAUUAAGAGCUACAAAUGGCUGUCUAAAGUCCAGUUACUCUUAAGAUCAUGUAGGUCCAAUUUAAAUGGGUUUUAUUAUUUUGUAACUAUUAUACUGUAGCAAGGUUAAAACUAACUUCAUUGGCUUUUCCUGCUUCCUUUGGUAAAGGAUUCCGGGUUUAUAUAUAACUUUAUUCAAUAAAUUUAUGUUGUACAAUUGAUGCAUAACGCUACACAAAACAGCAAAAAUAAUUGUGACUUAACUGGUUUUUAUACAACUCUCUUUGGGAAUGAUGUGGGUCUUCAAUCAAGCUGUUUUGAGAUGGAAAAAUUUGCUUCAAAGUCUUGUAAUGGGCCUAGGUUUAAAAUACCUGCAUUUCAGUGUGCAGGUAAUAAAUAUCUUUAUUUUCUUUUGACAAGGCUCCUACUGGGGUGUGUAUGUAUAUAUAUAUUUUUUUUUAUUAUUUUAAACUUAAAAAAACUAGACUGAAUUUUUUUAUAUUAAGCUAUUUUAGGGAAUUAUCGCAAUCUUAAACUUUGCAGCGCGGCCUUCUAUUCACUUAGAUUUUUUUUUUUUUUUUUCUCAAAUAACACUGUUUAUUUUCUAAAUGGAACUUCAAAAAAAAAAUCUCUACAGAUAACAGGGUCCAUAAACAUCACCUCUAGCUAACCUUGAACCUGUUCAUUAGUGCAUGUAAAUGGAACGUGUUCCUCUGCCCUCUAAUGGUCACCUCCAAUUUGUGGCAAAAAGAACAAGUUUGUGUUGGGUAAUUUAAUCUACCGACUGUGUACUGCUGUCUGUAAAGUACAGCAGUAGAACUUUGUUACAAUUUAUAAUGACUAAGCCUAAAGUAAAAGCUACGAGUGAGCGUAAAUGAAUUUGGAACCCAACUCUCCCAAUCUACUUGACUGGACAGACUUGGGAUCACCGGAAAACUAAAUACAAUGCUUAGUGGGUUUUAUUUUUAAGAAAGCUCGGGUGCCUCGUCAAUACAUUCUAUAUUGUGGAGGAGCUCUAUACUUGACUAGAAUAUCUUCACAAGGUUUUUUGUCCUUUCCCACAGACUGUUCAGUGAUCAAGCAACCAGUCAAAAUUUUAAAGGGUGAAAACUUAAUACUUUAUUAGGCUUUAAUGCACAUUUAUUAUAUGCACUUUUUCUGUUAGGGGGUUGUUUACUAGAACUAGUGCCACUGUCUCGACGAUAAACCAUAUCGAGUACUGCUAAUUAACCUCCAGACAACAGGCUUUCUUGCAAGUUCUAACAGAAUAUUCCCAAAAACAUACUUUUAAACCUCCGUAAACACUGCAUAAAAAUAUGUGCCCUGAUACAAUGCACGAUGUAGAAUUGCUACCCUGUUUGACUAGCUGAAUUCCAUAUACCUUGCAGAGAUAGGGGUGACUGGGUGGUUCGAUUUCAGGGUGUCUGGUAUUCCUUGCUAAGAGAAGGAAGGAGCAUAGAGGGAUGAUAUUAGGCUCUUCUGCUUAAUAGACUGAUAUCAACUCAAUCACACAAAUCCUAGACAGGCUUUUUUGGGGGGGGAGGGGGUGCGCACAUGGGGGAAGGGUACACUAACAGGAACUUGACUAGUUUGCCACAGGUGAAACCUAUUGUUGCAAAAGUCUGUAAAAUUUUAAAGGCCUCUGCAUCUUAAUGCAGGCUAUUAAUGUUUAUUUGCCCUGCCUCUGUAAUUAUUUGAUGGGAUUUUACUAUUCCUAUUUAGGUACUUGGAUGUGAAAAGGUACACUUAAUCAUUGAACAUGACGUGGUCACAUUGGUAACGAGUUACUUUGCUUGUUACCCUGGUGUGUAAAAUGCAAAAGAACUUGCAAGUCACAUUUUGUCUAACAUCAAUGGUAUUGGCUUCCUUUAUUAAAUGUUAAUCUGUAAACUAGCUGAAAAUAGGCAUUUUAAACUUGUAUCUGUGGCAAAAUGUCUGUAUUGACUGAACAUUCCAAUGACUUGAGCAUUCGGAGUUAAACAUUAAGUAAUUGCUCUGCCCAUAAUUGGCCUCUUUUUCCCCUUCAUAAAUCUUGCAUGUAAGCUCUGUUUUGCCAUUCUUGGUCUUGAGCUCAGUAUUGCUGUGCUUGAGGUAUGACUUGGUAAAAACUUCCUUGUCCACUAUUUAAAAAAAAAAAUAAACAUGCUUUGGGGGUGCACUUGUAGUCAGAGGGUGCUUUCAUACGUAAUGUAGACGUAUCCUGUUAUGCUAUGAAUUGUCCAUUCUUAUAUUAAUAGAACUGGUACAAUACACUCUCUUCAGGGUAUCUUUAGAAGAGGGUUUUGGGGGUCAAACAUUCUUGUGGAAGAAUUAGUUUGUAGUAAACUAAUUACUAAACAAAGUGGCACAACAAUUUUGUUCCACCCCUUCAUAACUUCAAAUGGACAAGAAUGACUCAUUAUAUUUUAGGAGUGGAAGUGGGGACAGGGGCUGUUCUGAGAAAUCAUAGGUGAAUUACUAUCUUAUGCAACAAAAUGUUUACAAGGAACACCUUACUAGGAGUAACAUUGCUGUGGAGCUCCUACAAAAGAGGGAUAUUGGAAAAGAAAAUGGACUCACUAAAUAGUGACACUUGGUAGGUUUGUUACUCCACACAUGAGAAUAGUUUUCUCCUUCUAAUUUAUAGUUGAUAUUUACAAAAUAAGACAAAUAUGAGUGAUAUUGUGAGAUAACAGUGUAAUCCCUAUGAAUUUAAUUUCAAAAAACCUAUUCUGAAACUAAUGAUAAAAAUCUCUUGCCGUUUGUUUUGCAGUGACAAACCUGUAAACCUAACAAUAACACUGUUAUCAGACAAACUGUGGCUUGCUAGGUGUUCACCAGAUAACUGCAUAUCUUAGACCAGAAUAUUUGGGCCUGAAACCCAAACCUAUCUGGCUAAUGAAUAAACGCAAACUAGUCAGACUGAACAGUUAAAGGGAUGAACAGAGUGCUUAAUUUUGACUUGUAAUGACCGCUUUCUUUAGUCAGAAUUGGUAAACAACGUGCCCUUUAAAUCUACCAUUGAUUUAAAUUGUCAGUGUGAUGUAUUUACACUUUUUCUCCUCGUUCCUACAUGGAACAUGCAAGACUUCUGACUGAGCUGAUCUCAGCAAUAUACAGAACGAUGGAAAAAGCUACAAAGUAGUGUACUUAUUACACUUUUUUUUUGACCAGUCAGACAUUAGUGAUAGGUGUGAUUUUGAGAACUUUGUCUUUGCACAGUCUCAAGAGUUCCACUAGAAAGCUGAAAAUGAGAUGUGGUGACUCGCCUGUGGGUCUUGGCACGUCUGUGUCUUGACAUCGGAAAGUCUGAGUCCAAUGAACCCACAAUAUUUUGAGUUUCCUUUCCCUGAAAUAAAUCAUAGAAAAUUAGCUUCUGCCUAAAAUGCUCAGAACAUGGCUCUAAAAUGGAAGAUUUAAACAAAUGCCAUGGGAAUAACUGCGUAAGAUAAUUGGAAGCAGCACCCAGAUUUCUGAGUAGGCAAAGAUUUUUACUUUCCUGUUGCAUAGCGACACCUUUGCAUUCUGUAUCCUACUGAUUAAUAGAUAUGAAACUGACUGUCACUGGACUUUCAACUCCUCUGUAAAACAUUACAGUAACAAUAGUUUGGAGGGAUUUGUUUCACAUGUGGUAGCACAAUUUUGCAAAUGCCCAAAACCUUUCCUCUGUCUCUAUCUUCCUAUUGAAAUUCUUAAUGUCUCUGAACUUGGAUAUACAGCUGUUGUAGGACUGUUCCCCCCAUGAUGCUUUUCCAGCCUUGAAGGGCAAAGUAUCAAGAGACUUGUGGUUCUUCAGCUGGGAAUCUUUGCCAUGUCUGCUUUUUUUUUUUUUAAUCAGGAAGGGGCUUAGGAUAAAUGACACACAGCAUGAUCACCAACUUGUAUGACAUCUGCAAGCUGCUCUUGAUUCCCCAUUUUAACAAUCUAAAUUCCAAGCUUUUGUGGAACUAAAGCUUGGUUUCUAGGUCCCUUAAGAAAAUGGACCUUAAUGAAAGGAUCCCAUCUCCAUUUCUCAGUGAUUUUGCAUGAACAUUCUAAAGCCCUGGUUCAUCUUAUAAACAUCCUGUACUGGUCAAGCCCCUUCAGCAGGUUUUUAAAGCAAAUGUAAACAUAGGUGAGAUUCUGCAGAGCUGUAAGUGUGAUAACCUCAAACGUGUACUUGAGGCUCCUCGAAUACAUACUCUGAUGGAGCUCCUAUUAAGUACCUCCACCAGGUCCACUUCCUAGGUACAAUCAGUGACCCUGGAUUGCUUCAUCCCCAGUUGCUAAAGCUUGUCUGGGGUCACUGAGAACUCAUCACCCUGGACAAGGCUGCAGCUCUUGUUCUCAGCAGGAGUCUUCAGCUCAUCUCCCAGGCAGUUAUCAACAUCACUCCAUACACUGUGACAAGCUACUGCCUUAACAAGAGCAACUGUGGCUCUCAGGCCCCCUAGCAGCGAACCAGCAGGUCCAAAAAAAUGCUACUGGAUUCCCUGAACAGACAGGACACUGUUUCCAAUGGAACCAACAGUUGUUUUUUUGUUUUUUUAUAUAGUCUGGACUAGCCCCUUAUGCAUAUUACUCUAAUUAUGGCGGCAAAUGCAAUCUAUUACAAAUAACCAAAUCCUAUAGGCAAAUAUACCAGAACUCUUAACACACUAACUUUGAUAAAGGAGUAGGGAAGAAAAUGACUCCCCUGCCUACAGAGGUCAUGGGCAAAUUAACCUGCCUUGCUAUUCAUAUUGUGCAUAUUGCUGUUUCAGAAAGUGUAUUGGCCUAGAUAAAGAGUCACUGUAGGCACUCAGACCACUUCAGCUCAAUCAAAUAGUCUGGGUGCAAACUCCCAUCACCCUUAAUCCUGCAAUAGUAAUUAUUGCCGUUUUUAUAAACUGCAAUUGCCUCUGAGGGUUAACUCCUCCUAGUGGCUGUCAACCAGACUGCCACUAGAGGGACUUCCAGAAUUGAAACUGACUCUGGGUCUGUUUUUCUGACGCUGGACAUCCUGCAUGAGGACCUCCAGUGACAUUUUCCCCAGUGAAUAAUGCUUUCUAUGGGACAUCCAUGGCCGCGCAUGCGCAUUAGGUUUCUGCUGACAUGGGAGGUGCAUGGGCAGAGCUUAGCCAGUGAGGGACAUCGGUGCUGGACCCAGGUAAGUUAUUGACCCCUUCAGUGCCGCAAGGGGGGUCCUUGACAGGGGGAAGCUAUAGUGACAGGAAAGCGGUUUUCCUGACCCUAUAGUUUUCCUUCAAGUCGUGUCCUUGGUCAUGCCUUAUUGUGGUUUCUGCCCUGAUGCAUGUUGGUGAUUAUAAUCUCGAUGGGUCAGGAUUUCUAGACCGUUUUACAUUAAAUAUAACCUAUCUAUACCUAUUUGUGGGAUUCACAUUUCCUGUAACUUGGGGUACUAAAAUAGGCCACUCCUCAACCACUUGAGUAAAUGUAGCAGCCUGUUCCCUCUAAGGUGUGACCAUGCAUAGAGGGUCAGAAGAUGCUCACAGCAUCCAUCAAUGGAUGUCAGAGGCCCUGGGAGGUAGCUGGUCAGGCACCCCAAAGCAGGAGGAAGAGUACAGCCUGUUGGGGAGCACUGAUGUGUCUCCAGUUCCCCUCUGCUCCUUCACAUGCCCUCUGUAGUGAUGCCUGUAGCCAGAAUGACUUCACUCCAGCUUAAAUAUAAUAGGUGUACAAGGAAGAAGAGGGAACUAAAGAUCCUCACACCAGCUUUCCUAAAGGUAGGGAGGUUUGAUGGGACUUACAUUUUAUUUCAGUGACUGUGAUCAAGAAGCAUUAAUGUGUCAGCACUGCAAAUUCUAUGGUGACAACCACUCUCCAUGUUUGCUAUAAUUGUCAGCUGAAUUUGAUUCAUGUUUGAAGUGCAUUUAUGUGUAGAUCACAAUUUAUUGGACAUAAUUAACAGUUUGUGCCUAAAUUGGGGAUUAAAAUUCUUGCCUAAUACAGUCAACAAGCUACCAAUAUUGUAGAUUAGCAGAAUGUAUAAAUGGAGGCUGCACGGUACCAAAACUAUCGGAUCAAUUUCAGGUUUAUAAUCACACAAUAGAUUUUCUGCACACACCCCCUAAAAUUAGAGGGAACAUUGCCGCAACCUGGUAUCUGACUUCUACUUGCCCAGGUGCUUCGGUGGUGACGAUAACCAGCCCCAUAUGGAAAUUGCAGGGUUAAUACUUUGCAUUAACACUGUAUUUGGAAUACAGGGGUGUGUCUGAGCUCCUACUCAGGCUCUCUCCUGGGAAAAGAAUAGCCAAAGCGACUUAUAGGUUGUUCCCUCCCUUCAUCCACUCCCCCCUAAAACAUGAGCUGUGGCUUGAAGGGUAAAACUGGAAUCUGUAUUGUGACUCUUUAUGUAACAGUCCCAACAGGGUGUCAUCAUGGAAUAACCAUGCAUUGCACAAUCUAGGCACUUUGCUGUUUAGACAACUGUAUUAUCUUGUCUGAAGUCAUUUUUCCCAUGGUGCCCAACUAUAACUGCAAAACGGAGUUCCCAUACUCUUGCCCCAAGCUCAUUACUAGCUGAGGAGUAGUGUUCAGAUCAGAGUUGUCUAGCCCAAGUAAUGACUGGUUGAAGUCUAACAGGACUACAACCAUUCUCUGAUCUGACUCAGCGUUCCAAGCAACUUGCAAAGUCACAGUUGCUGCUAAUCACUCAGAACCUUGGGGAAGACUUUCUCUAGGCCUUUGGUGCCACCAGAGGCCUCACAACCUGCCUUCCUUUCCCAUCCUAAUAGCCCCCAUAGUAACAUAAAUUGCUCUGUGCACUGUCCUACGCAGCAACAAACUACCACCAUAUUUAAAUUCUAGGUCCUCUUUGGAUUUCUCUUUACUAUGCUUCUUUACAUUUGAUCUUUCAAUACAAUGACCGUAUGAACAGAAAUUUCAAAAGCAAACUUAAUAGAACAUUGGGAUUGUAUGUAACGUAUCCACACCAUUUAUGAAAAUAAAUUUCAGGCUAAUCAAUUAACAUAUGUUAAGGUGUCCUAUAGUUGGGCAAGAACAAACAACUGACAUGCUGCUAGACAUUGGAGCAUUGGGUGCUUCACUCCUUGCUGUCAUCUUGGGGUCCUAUGUAUUGCUGGAGCUGCAGGGUUCUGCUGUUGGUCGGGACUCUGCUCCUGAGGGGAGUCAUCUUCAGCCUAUCUUAGUAGCUUCAUGCAUCCUGUUCUCAAGUGGUCAAAAAAAUCUGAGGCUGGACACGAUCAGGUCUUUCCUCGCUGAUGUCUAGGAUUUACAUGGCAUCAGCCAUAGCAGGUUCCUUUAGCAGGGUUCUCAGUAGCCUUUACAAUUCCUCCCAGUGUUCCUAUGGUGGCAGGGUUGCCUCCAUGGGGUGGACCGCAGGUUCUUGUGAGGAGGUAACUGGGUAUGUGCCACUGCCAUAGUCUGAGCAGGGCCAGGAGAUCAGGCCACAGGAUCAAGCUAGGGGCAGAUGAGAUCUUGUCUGGACAUGGGUCACCAGGAGGAUCCAGUAUGUCGCCAGUGGAGUCACAAUAGUUUGGUAAUGCUGUAGGAAGCUUAACUAGGUGAGUGUGUGCAGAAUGUCUCACCAGCAUGAAAGUCAGGCCCCGAGCAGCAUGUUCUGUAUUUGUCUGAGUUUAACUGUACACAAAAAAUGCACGCUUGCAUUUAAAUGUUAUAUACACUGACCGAAAUGCAAACAUGGUUUACAAAAACAUGCCUACAUUCAAACACCCUGCUUGGUGCUAAAUAUAAGCCUGCAAGGAUGGGCAAAGUGUAGAUCCCCAGCUGGCAAAGCCUUCUGAGACUAGUAGUACCGAUGCAAUCUACAUUUUAGCCACCCCCUAUGCUAGUGGAAUGCAGUGUGGAAAAAUGUGUCUGGGCUAUGCUGCCAAAAUGAUGGGAACAAAUUGCUGUAAGUAUGUACCUGUGGGGUAACCUAAAAGGUGGCUCCCAUAUGUAAAGUUACAAUUGGAAGGGCAGAGUGUCACUCGUUUGGUGUCUGCUUGGCUACUGUGUGGCUGAAUAGCAAUGUUUAGGAGCACCUGUAGGUAAAGUUACACAAGCUGGUAUUUCCUGCUUAGUGUUUGCUUUAUUUUGGUACCACCUGAUUGCUAGACUUGUAAGGUAACAUGCUUGGUUAUCGCUAUGGGGAACAUCAGGGCACGGAUGCACUCAUCAGCAGAUCGACAAGUGCUUGUAACCUCCUGGGCCAAUGCCGUUCUGCACUACAGCUACUUCCUAGCAACACUGCUAGCGCUCAGUGACUUAACUCUGUUCAGAUCCUGAAUGAAGUGGGCUUGACAGGGUCCACAAACAGGUCAAAGGGGAAAGGGCAUGCCAGAUAUGGAGGAUGUGGCUUGUUUAAUCACUUGAUUUUUAUUGUAUUUACUUUUUUAUAGAAGGAAUACAUAUAAAAAGUGUGUAGCAGUCAUAUUUACAAAGUCUGACAAUGGUUUGAGCUUAAAGGGACAAUAUAGGCUCUAGAACCACUUCACCUAAUUGAAAUGGUGUCUGGAGUCCCUCUCAGUGUAAAUUUUUCUGUUGCCAAUCAAAACUGCCAAAAGAAUUCCACAAAUGGCGGCAGAGAAAAUGGCAGCACCCAGAUUCAAGGAAGUAAAAGGAGGUGGCAAGGGCUGUGUAAUCUUUAAUGUACAGGACACAAAAGGAAACCAGAGGGGUGGGUGAGACAGUGCUACUUUAACAUGAAACUGUCAUGACUGCACACUUUAAAGGGACACUAGUCAUCAGAACUAAAACUUAAUGUAGUGACUCUGGAGUUCAUACCAUCCCGACUGGCUUUUUAGAGACUAGCUGGCAUUUAAAUUUCUGCCUAGUGAGAAUUACUCAGAUGGCUGCAGGUGGUUUCCUGGGUCGGUUCUGCACACUGUGCCACCUACAUUCAACCUCUUAACACUCUUCAUGGAGAUGCACUGAUGCCCUGCAUGUGCAAUAGUAUCCCACUGCCCUCCUAUGGAAAGCACUGGAUUGGCUGAAAUCAGUUUGAUCUCAGCUAAGGUGGUCAAGCAUGGGCAGAGCCAGCUGCAACCAUACCUGCAGGGCUGGAGAAAGAUGAGUAAAACUAACUUUUAACCAGUGGUAGGGGGCUGGUAAACUAAAUUCCUGACACUAGUGUUGCUUUACAAAUGUGUUAUAUGGACUAUCAGCCAUUGUGAACCAUGGAUACUUGGUGGCAAAGUCUUCUGACAAGGUCAGGAAGAGCAAUAUCCCAAAAUAUAAUUGCAACACUGCAAGUCGGAGCUGACUUAUUCAAAUUUGUUGUAGGUACUCAGUCUCUGUAGUUGGUGAGUGCCUAAGCAGGAAAAUGUAGUCAAGCAUGACCUCUUAAAGGAACACUAGCAUUAAAAAUGCAUGUUUGUAUUCCUAACACUAUAUAUCGUUUUAACCCAUCUAUGCUAUGAGGAGCAAACAGUGAUUCGAAUCUGUAAGGAAGGGUUUGCAUGACUUAAAACUGGUAAUGUUUUGGGUGGCCUGGUGCUUUUUCAGUCUUACAGAAGUCCAUUUGCUGCUGUAUAACUUCUUCAAAUAGAGAGGUAUUUCAGAUAUAGGUACUCUGUACAAGCCUGUAUUUUCAACACUAUAGUGUCCUAGUCUCUAGAUUGGAGGGCCCCCGUGUGCAAUAAAACAUGAGAAAAGACAAACCUUUUCCAGCACAGAGACUCUUAAUGUUUCUGCUUUAUCCACCUAAAACUCAUCUUGGGGCAUCUGUCUGUCCAAUGCUGUAGCUAGAACAUUAUGGAAAGCGCUGCUUGGAUCCAAUUAAACGCGUUCCUAUAAACUGCAGUUGUCAUGUGAUGUCAGUUUUACAGAAGUACUACUCGGCAUCUAGCAGUGUGCUUCACCUUUGAUGGUAAACAAGUGAUACCCUAUUCUGAAGGGUUAAAAUUACUGGGCUGUUACACGAAGACUGCCUCAUUGAGGGUUGUGUUUUGUGUAGUUAUUGAUCCUUGGCAAAAAAAACACUUGACCGUAAAGACUAGAGAACACUUUACUGGUACAAGGGCUAAAAUAAUAUAUGGAGGUGCACUUUAGUUUCCUGUAGAGCAGAAAUCUCAUCACAUCCCAAACUUUACAUUGAUAAAUACAGGAAGGAACAUGUGACACUUGCAUUAGUGUUAAUUAUUAAAUUGCUAUCUAUAAUAUAUUGAUAAUUUUCCUGUUUGACUUAUAACUGAAUGUAGGCAAGGACGGGAAAACCUCUUCAAUAGUAACAUUGAACAUUAACACUUGUAGCACUGAAGGGUUAUAAUAGCUGGGGUGUGUGCCCUGAGCCAAAGGCCUAAUUGAUGCCAAUUCAGGAGCAAUGAGGGUGCAGGUGCUCCCACUGCAGGGAACAAAAGGUAGGAAGCUGUGACUUUAAACAGUAUCGAUAAAACAUUACCUCUAAAUUAAAUAGAAGUAGGAGGUGGCAAAAUAGAUUGGAGAUAAAUUGUGGUCCAGCUACAUAAAAGCCUUUAACUCAUUCUUGAGAUGGGUAACCUUUGGCACCCCAGAUGUUUCCUAAAUCUCCCCUCUAAAGCUCUUACAGCUGUGAUAGCAAAGUAUUAAGGGAGAUUGUCCCCAACAUCUGAAGUGCCAAAGAUGCCUACUCCAGUCUUAUUCAAUAUCAGAUCAUGUGUUCCAAAAUUAUGGAGCUUAAAAAGGUACUAGUAUGACCUAAUCUAUAAAGCACUGAUUGCUUCCAGGGCAAAUACAAGAUUGUCGUGGACCGUAACUGUAUUCAGAUGUGUUGGAGGUUUGCCCUAUGGUUUCAUGACCCAUGGUAUUUGCCAAAAAUGGGGAAAAACAAGAUUUUGUCAUAAUGUUAAAAAACUUGUAGAAAAUUGGAUUUAGUGAGCUGGUAACCAUGUGGAUGCCAUUUCAGACUGUGAAACCGGUCUGAACUCUACAUGGUCUUAAACCCAAGCCAUAAGUGGGUUUUUUUUUUGGUUUUUUAUUAUAUAAAACUAAAUGGCUUGCAGUACUGUCAAAUAACUGCAUGUCAAGGGCUUAUGAAAUUUAGGCGAAAUGGAUUUAUGCAAGGCUUAGCAGGCUAAUGCAACUGAAGAGCUGAAGGCUGUUGUGUUAAAGUCCCUCUAAGGGUCUGUUUAUAGAACUUCUAGAUGGUAAUAUAAUACAUUUGUUGGUGUCCUACUUAACCUUGACUGCCGUGGUUAAGUCUUGUGGCUUGCUGUGACUAAUAGGCCUACAUUCAGGAUUGGUGGCUAGUAAGGGAGUAGCCUCUGCUGGUAGUGCCUUGGUCUAACAAUGACUCUCUCGAGCAACAUAAGUUAUAUUUGGGUCAUUGGUUUGACUAUUCCUCAUUGCUUUACUUAAAGCUUGGAUUCACAAGCCACUGUGCACAUGUGACGCGUAUGGACCUGUGUGAGCACCUCCUUCACCAACUAGGAGUCCUCUGUAUGUUGACCUGACUUGUAAGACUGCACGGAGAGGGUUGGCUCUUCAACCUGACUACCCAUGUUGCAUAGCUUUAAAAUCUCAAUCAGAAUUUAAUCUGCCACAGGCUGUGCAGCCUCCAACCCUCCUCUAGCACCUGUCAUAGCUUCUUACUUCCACUCAUGUCAGCAGCUCUUAUUUAAACCACCAGGGAGAUUUUCUGAAUGAGAACAAAACAUUCUGCGUCAGGAGCAAACCUCUAAAAUAUUUACUAGUUCUGUCUAAUCUGUGCAAUAGAUGCAGAGGGAGCCUAGCCGUGGUGGUGAUUUCGUAUGCAUGGCCGCAUAAUUGCAUUUGGCAGAACAUCAUGCGCCCAAGCAGAAAUGAGCACACUGGUUGACUGGGUCUUGCUUUAUAGAACAGCUUAAUAUUGGCUAAAUUAAUAUCUAGGUCUUAACUCUGGCCCGCAGUAAACUGUAUUUAAAAAUGUUGUUCUGGGGCUUGUGUACUAUAGUCACUGCUGCCAAUGUGUAGUGAGAGCUUGAGUACAGGGCUUAGUUUUGUUGACUUCAAGCUCUCUGCCUUGGUGUCUAUAAUGCGUGCACUCUUGGCAUUCACUGUCAGAUUGUAAAUCCUCAUAUUGCACUCUCCCCAUAACACAAAAUGCACUUAUCUGUAUGCCCUGUCUAGAUCUCUUGCUAGUGACAUUAGUCUUGAUUCUGCUCAUACAUGAGUCUACAACAUGCAGAACCAUUCCUAUGACUUGAACAACCUUUUGAGUGCAUCUUUUAAUUAUUCAAACAGUUUCUUUCCAUAUAACAUGACAUUUCCUGAUCUCCAUUGUCAUACCUGGCUGUGUCUUCUCUUCCUGACGUAUGUGUGUGUCUCUAGAAGCCUACAAGUAAACUGGCAAGGACAAGAUUUGGGAUAGGUAACUGCCUCUUCGUUCAUAUAGCCAGAAAUGCCAGCAGAGCAUAAUGAGAAUUGCACAGCAUCCAAGGUUUACAAUCACCAGACUUUUAUCAAUGACUGUAAAACUGACCAGCUUAAGUACCAGUGCUACAUUUGAAAUCUUCUGCAUUCUAGCAUGUGUAUCUCUGAGGUAGUGGUUCUAAAUGUGGUGGAAUCUUUCAAAAGCACUAGUUUCUGUAGUGAUACCUAAAAGUUACUAACUUUGGCUUCAUGAUCAACCAACCACUAGUUUAGUGGUGUGAUGAACCUUAUCUUGUAGUAAUUGCUUUGGUUGAGUAGACUGAGGUAAAGAUGCUUAGUUAUCGACUUAACACAUUGGAAAACAGGUUGACUUUUGAGCUUUUCUCUGCCUAGCUGCCAAUAACCAAAUAUAAACUGGUAAAGGCUUAGAAAAACUCAGCAGCUUGCUGUUCGGUUAGCUGCCAAUAAACAGGAUUUGUUCUGACCAUCUAGGUCUUGAUCUCCUGUUGGGGUCUCGUCUUAUCUUAUUUUUUACUUGUUUCCUCUCGAACUAUUGCUAAGUGUUGCCUGAAAGUUGUACAAGUUUAUAUCAACUGAACGGUCUCCACGUAGAACUCACAAUUUCUUUUUUUUUUUUUUUAUCUACUCUGCAUAUUGUCUACAGGUACGAACGCUAUUCGUCAGUGGUCUCCCGAUUGACAUCAAACCUAGAGAACUAUACUUGCUUUUCCGACCAUUCAAAGUAAGAUGAAGUUAUAAACAUGUGGUGGUCCCAAGUCAAUAUGGUGACAAGACUCUUCAAAAGUACUACUGUGACUAUAAAACAGUGAUUUUGUUUGUGCUUUGUUUUUCUACCCAAAAGCCUGAAAAUUAAGACUUGUAUGUUUAGUGAGACUGGUCAGAAUAUUUUAGAACUCGUGCUCAGAACCUGCAAUAAGAAUAAAACCAGACUGGAGCACUUAAAAUUUUUAUUUUUUUUCUUUGCGCAUACAGACCCUUAAAUCUAAAUAUUGUAGUACAGAUGAAAAAUCUGCUUUUUAAUGGUUUUUAAAUAAAAUGUGUUAAUAUGAUUGGUGUGAAUUGUUAAUCUCUAACUAGAGUUCCAACCUAGGAGUGCUUCAACAAACUGUUUUUAUUGUGGGUUCUUGUAUCUGUUCAAUGGUUUAUAUUCCCAUUAUUGUGCAUGCCAUAAAUAUGCCCUCCUGUUUUCAAUUUCAAAUGUAUAGUUCAUUCUAGAGUGGUGAACCCCCUAAUGCUCCUGUUUAGGUGUUGAGAAGCAAUAGAUCUUGGAACUGCUAAAGUUCAGACAAGCCGUUUUGGGUGAAGCCAUAUCUUACUGCCAUCAGUCUGACAAGGCUGCUCCAAUAACCUGGCACGUAUAGUAACGGGCCACUUUGUGUAACGGUGAAAGUCUCUCAGACCGUCUAACUCAUUGGAAUUAAAGCUUGGGUUUUGGGAGGCAAAAGGGCUUAUGGGAGGGAGAUCACUAGCUGUAAGUAGUUCAAAAUCUCUUGAUUCCAAAAGAGGUAACUGGCUUAUUUUUCUCUUCCCUUCUUUGCCUGAACUGGGGGUCAUACGGCAGUGAAAGGUACAAUUUCAGAUUCCACCAUUCUGACACUCUACAUAUAUUAGAUUGAUGGGUUAAGUUGACUAAGAUCUUACAAUUUAAAAUGCACCUCCCCAUUUCCUUGCUGUUACAAUGUCUAGUACAUAUUUUAACCUGUAAUGCAGAGGGGUGUGAAAACCAUGGUAUUUUAUCUUGUAUGGCCUUGUCAAUUUCUUCUCUGAUCCCAUCCUUAAACUGCACAGCAUAAGCACAAAUAUCCACACUGACAGAGCACAGCCUUAGUCACUGCUGGGGAAGUAUGGUUACCACUUCAGUUCUGCUACUGGGGACGACCACAGCACCACCCCAUGGCAGUGUGCAAUUACACCCCCUCUGCAGCUUGUCACUGCUGUUCCUGAUUAGCAAUGAAGACCUGUCCUUCCCUAGUUAUCCAGCACUUCCACCUUCCCAAUGCUGCAAUAACAUCACAGGCUUUGCACACUCCUGGAGUAGCUCCUCUAAUGUAUCUUCUACUUUUAGGGUUAUGAAGGAUCCCUGAUCAAGCUAACCUCAAAGCAGGUAACUUUGACUUUUUUUUUUUUUUUUAUCCUCUUACAAACUAUAAUACACCACGUAAUUACCAAUCAAUAGAUUCACCUUUUUUCCUUUCUCUUCUCUAGCCUGUUGGCUUUGUUACAUUUGAUAACAGGGCUGGGGCUGAAGCAGCAAAGAAUGCAUUGAAUGUAAGUAUCAUGACACUUCAACCAACUCAUUUCUAGAUGUAAGUGAUGGGGCAGGCUCAAUAGGCAUUACACUGGCCAGAAUUAGCCAUUGUUAUGGUAGCUACUCUACCCUUAAAGAGAACUUUAAAUUCUGAAGACUCUUUAAUAUUGUCCCACCACAAAUAUAUUUUGGUCGAUGUGUAAAGUUAAGGUGGGAAUGUGAAUGCACAAUCUUAAAUUUCUUCCCACAAACUCCCCUUGACAAGUGGAUGGAUCCACUUAACUGUAGAUUCUACAGCCAUGUUUGUAGUGGGCAUUGCCUGAUCAAAAUAUUCUUAUGGAGAAGCAAUGUUCGCGCAUGCAACGUCAACAGUGCUUCUGUUUGAUAACAUAAUGAGCAUAGGCACAGCUAUUGUCACAAUCCACCCACUGCUUCGUGUAGAGAAGCAUUGGGCCCACACAUACGGUCUGCCUAGUGUGGCAUUUUGGGAGGGGGAGGUGCAAUUCGUCAAAAAUGACACUCAGUGACAUAUACAGGAACAUAAUCUGUGCCCAAAAACUGGUUAAAAUGAUCUGGUUAACAGUUUUCACUUAACUGUAGAAAUGCAAUGCCUACUUUAGGUACCUUAUCUCAAUCCUCACUUUUCUUUGCUGUACCCUCCUAGGGCAUUCGCUUUGACCCAGAGAACCCACAAACUUUACGGCUAGAGUUUGCCAAGGCUAACACAAAGAUGGCAAAGAACAAACUAAUGGCUACACCAAACCCCACAAACCUCCACCCUGCACUUGGAGCACACUUCAUUGCACGAGAUCCAUGUAAGUUCUGCCUCUUACUGGCCUCUUAAGUUCUAUCCAGUAACCUCCUAUGACCUGGUAUGGCUUGUUUUCUCAAUGCUGUGCUUUGUGUGAAACAUGCAUGAACCUUGUUCAGACAAGUUACAAAAACAUAUAUUUCCAGGUUAACACUUGAUUUCUUGUCCUUAGAUGACCUAACAGGGGCUGCACUAAUCCCAGCUUCUCCAGAGGCCUGGGCUCCAUACCCACUCUACACCACAGAGUUGACACCAGCAAUACCCCAUGCUGCCUUUACAUACCCUGCUGCGGCAGCUGCAGCUGCUGCACUUCAUGCACAGGUGAGUGCCCUUGCUCUGUUAACUGCAUAAAUUUUUCUUGUUGCAUAUACCACAAUCUAGCAUGGCUAUUGCAGGGCCAAGGCCUUCUAUAAAACUAUGACCAAUUCAAUAGUCUGUAAAUUAUGACCAUGUGUCCCCCUUUACCUCUAAGUGGGUGACUUCGUGUGCACUCGUCAAAGGAGCUAACUCUUGCUAUUCUGCAAUAAAAUGCUUUGUAUGGAGACUUAAGUUAAAAACACUACAGUCUGGCAGGGCUGUCUCUCUGCAAAUAAAGUAAAUGGCUUACCUAUCUGCUCUACAUGGUUAACAAUUAAUGUCCCCUCUUGACCCAAGAAUCUUUUCAGAUAUGAAAGUGUCUCCAAGACUUCACAGUGCUCUGGUUUAAGAUUGGUAACACUUAAUCCUUAAUCUAUAUAACUUGUCCAGUCUUAUCGCCAAACCCUCUCGGGUGCUGUUUAGUCUCAGCCAACACAAUGUUUUAGUGGAGAUGUUAAACUCAAUAAUUUUUUUUUUUACAUUUGGCAUAUUGCCUGUUUGCUUUCAUAUGAUAUGGAUUUGAUGCAGAACACUUGGAUCCAGCAGUCUGCUCAGAAGGGGGUCUCUUGUUGAUUACUCCAGAGUAAACAAUACAUUCUGUUUUGGGGAUUUAGUGACCCUUGGUGCUUUAUUUUCUCUCUGGACUCUAUGACCUGUCCUGGAUUUGUCAGAAUAUCCUAAAGCUGCACAUUAGAUCAUGUAAAGUUUGCUAGACUGAAGUUUUGGAAUUUAUGGGAAAGCAUUCACUACAGAUGGGGUUCCUUUUGGAUGGCUGGAUAUCAAUUCAAUAUUACUUACAGUAUCAAAACAUUAUGGUGCCAGAAGUGUCCUGGGACCCUUCCAGAUAAGUAGUAAAGAUCUCGUCUUUUUGGAUUGAUUUACCUGGCUCCAAUCACCUGCUCCCUUGAGACUGUACAGAGCUUCCGCUGGCUGAAAGGGUGAGCUAAUGGCUCACAGCCAGGGCCAGAUUAACAUAGGGGCUGAUGGAGCUGCAGGCCCAGGGAAUAGGCCCAUUGAUUUAAAAUAAAAUAAAAAAAUUUACUUUUUUUUUUGGUGCCAAUAUUGCAGUGAUACUGGCAAUACAAAUGCUGGUAUUUUUCCCAGUAUAAACAAGAGAUUACUCUGCAAUACCAGCACUGGCCAGUAGGGGUCGCUGUGUGGAGACAGGCAGGGAUAGGAUGUGCCAGCAUAUCCCUCCCUGCCUAUCUAUACUCACUGAUCUGCAGGGGUACAGCUACAGAGAGUCCAGACAGCAACUCCCACCCUGCAGAGACAGCCUACAGCUCAGGGACGUAAGGGAUGGGGGGGGAAAGGCUGCAAGGAGACAUACACUGAGACACUAAGGGACAUUGGGAUACAUUAUGACACAGACACAUGGGGACAGUGUCCCCAUGUCUCCCAGCCAGUGUCCCUAGUGACUCAGUGCCCCCUAGUCUCCCAGUGCCCCCAGUCUGCCAGUGUCUCACUGUCCCCAUGUCUCCUAGUGUCUCCAUGUGUCACAAUGUCCCAAUGUCUCCAAGCUAGUGUCCCUAGUGUCUGUGGCCCUGGUGUCUCAGUGCCCCAUGUCUCAAUGUCCCCAUGUCCCUCAACCAGUGACUCUAGUGUCUGUGUCCCCGGUGUCUGUGUCCCCAUGUCUUCAAGUGUCCCCUAUUUUCCUAUUGUCCCCAUGUGUCCCAGCCAGAGUCCCCUAGUCUCCCAGUAUCACUGGUGUCUGUGUCCCUAGGUCUCCCUGUGUCCCCAGGUCUCCCCCUCUUCCUAGUGUCCUAGUGACAUGGGGCAUUGAGACACUGUGAUACAUAGGAGACCUGGGGACACGACACUAGGGGACACUGGGAGACAUGGGGCACUGAGACACUGAUACAUAGGAACACUGAGACCUGGAGUAAUCGACACAUGGGGGCACUGAGUCAUGAGGGCACUGGGAGACAUGGGGGCACUGGGAGGAAUCCAUCUAUACAGCAGAAUCAAACUAAGUAGUUUUUUGGUGAUUUUACAGCAUUUUCUCUUAUGUCACCCCUUGUGAGUAGAAUAAUUACCGUCAGGCUUUUUGCUGUAAACACUGUCUUUUCAGAGAAAAUGCAGUCUUUACAUUGCAGCCUAGUGAUAACUUCACUGGCCACUCCUUAGAUGGCUGUUAUUUUUUUUUUUUUUUUUAAAUCUGUUUUCUUAGAUGGCUGUUAGAGAUCCUUCCUGGGUCAUGGCUGCCUAAAAUGCAUCCAAACAUUCAGUGUCUCCUCCCUCUGCAUGCAGACGCUGAACUUUCCUCAUAGACAUUCUUAAAUUCAAUUCAUCUCUAUAAGGAGAUGCUGAUUGGCCAGGGCUGUGUUUGAAUCAUGCUGGCUCUGACUCUGAUCUGCCUCUUGCCAGUCUCAGCCAAUCCUAUGGGGAAGCACUGUGAUUGGAUCAGGCCACCACUUCUAAUGAUGUCAGCAGACUGCUUGUUUUUGAGUCUAAUAGCAUGCAGAGUUACAGCUUCAGGCUUGAAUAUAGUAAGAUUUUGUUAUAUUUAUGGAGGCAUGAGUGGCCCAGGGGGGCUAGAUGGUGGUGUUAAUACUGUAGGGUCAUGAAUUCAUGUUUGUGUUCCUGAUCCUUUAAGGUAAUGCUGACUUUGGUCUCUCUAACACUGUGGUAUGUUCCCUUUCUUCUACACUCUCUACAUACAGCUUUUCUCUGUCCCAGACUAUAUACCAGGAGCAUCUGCCUGCUAGUAAGAAGAUAAGGAGACAAGUGGACCAGCGAGUGCUAGGGGACAGUCCUUAGAAAGCGUUGAGUGAGCGUAUCAUUAGAUGCAUUUAUGCCAAGCUCAGGGUGUUGUCUGCAUAGUAUGCGCUUAGUUGGCUAGCUGCAUGAUUGGCAGGCAGCCUGACAUGCAUUUAUGCCUGGCUGGCCUUCUAAUUCUUUGGGCAGACAUGUCCUCUUUUUGGGCAUGUUCGCCCCUUUUGCAGGUUACGUGAUUUGUGUCAGUGGCACACCCUUUUACCAUGCCCAUUGACUUCCUGCUUGACAGGACACUGCUGUUAUGGAUUUACUUGAAAGAUGAAAACAUAAAUUAGAGAGAGAUUAGCCUAGGGUAUGUGUUUUCUCAUAGCUGCUGUUUUCUUUCUCUCCAGCACCAUCUCCAUCAGAUACAUGACGCUUGGGAGUGUUUUACUGUUUUUGGUCGAUAUGAUUCUGUAAUUAGGCCCCAUCAUGAUUGUCAGCACCAGGCCCACUGUGCUCUUAAUCUGGCCCUGCUCACAGCCAAUGAGCUUAGCCCUGCACUGCCACCCUAACUCAGAACAGAAGUUCCUUCUCUACCAUGGAGAAGGUAACUGACAAAUUAACGCUAUGGCAGUAGAUCACAAGCUUCUGUAAAACUAUUUUUAUUUUACAGGGGUGCAAUAAAGUAGCAAGAAUAGUCUGGUCUCUGGGACCAUAUAGUCUAUAAACUAUCCUCUACCUCCUAUGUAGCUACUGAAUUACUAAUUCCCUUCUAUAUUUGCUCUGCCAGCAGUAUGGUGUAUUGAAGGUAUUUGGCUCUACCAAGUUUUGGUGAAAUUACAGUUACUAGUGACUUUGACUUGGUGGAUAAUUCAUAGCAUAGAAGCAAAAUAUCAAUUUUUUUUUUUUUAACUACCAUCUAGGUGAAUGCUCAAUAGGUAAAUCUAUUAACCUUGCCCACUGACUUGAGAUUUUUCUAUUCAGCAGACACCUAUGCUAUAUUGGAGGCAGGGCUCAAUUGCCACUAGACAUUGGCAAGUGACUAUUUAGCCAUGGUAAGCAGAAACUUGCCCUUGGUGAAUGUGCAAAGGAAUGAAAGCCUUGGUUAGUUGCAUAGGACUUUAAAUAUUAAACCCUGUCAAACCUUUGUGAAGAAACUAAUUGGAUGCUGCUUAUAACUUCAUUGCAACAGGCACUAGUAACUUCAAAUCUACAAUUUAUAAAGUUUAAAAAAAAAACCCUGUAAACUGCUGGAAGCAGAUACUAGUUUACUUGGAGCUGUUCUCGCCUUAAUGUCGCAAUCUUUCCCUUCCUCCCACACUGGUCUGUGGGUGAAACCUGGUUUAGAUGUAUUGCUUUUCUAAUACAUUAUAGUAGAAUGUUUAAAUGUUCUCUUCACUCCCUCCCCCCACUAGUGGAUGGAAAACAUCUGUCUUAAAAUUUUUUUUUUUUUCUUGUGUUAAUAUCCCAGCUUGCUUAAUAACUGUUCCUCCCAGUGGGAAAUAACCAAUCUACAAAUAUUAGAAUAUUGUCCCUCUAGUCUAAAUACUGUGACUUGCAUAUACUUUAUAAGUCACUUAAUGCACUUUCUGCUUCACGGUAUCCUAAUAAUUUUGUAUAUUGCCCUUUUGGGGUUGGCUAUAUAUUAAAACUUCACUUUUAAUAUAUAGUUUUAAACUUUCACUGAGCAGGAAUUGCUCUUGUCAAUGUCCACUUGCUAUACAUCAGAACAAGCACUGAGAAGUCUGUCAAAUUUUUACCUCCAGAAAUCUGACCUGGUGCUGUAAAGGGAUGUGAUAACAUUUUGGUUUGGUAAAGUCUAUUUGUACAGACACUUCAAUGACAUGACUCCGAUUCCCAUUAAAUGUGUUUCCAGGGUUGGCGUACUCCAUGGCUUGACAAAUGGUCGCGCUUCCUGUUCCCACUUGGGCUCCUUUAAAAUUAAUUCCAUAUGUCUUACUUUCCAAUGGGAAGCAAGGAAAUGAUUGUGAGAAUGUCAUGGGGGUUAAAUGUUUUUCUGGAAACUAUAUCUGGCCACACUUUUUUUUUAAAACACAAAUACUAUAGAGAUCAAAAACCUAAUGCUCACUGUGCCUUGGCAGCUGGUAGGAAUCGAAAUUCACUGUAAACUCAAUGCUGGUAACUUUCUUACAUGGUCACAAUGUUGUGGUGUGUAAAUGGAAUAAAGAUUCUAAUCAGAGGUUGCAGACUACAGGCUGAAGUAUACAACCCCUCACAAUUAAACAGAACUUGUCCACUUGGCAGAUUUUAUACUUUUUUUUUUUUAUUUAUUUUUUUUUUUUAAAUUGACUGAGGCCAUCAGUCUCCAAGAAUUGGUAACUCCUAUCUUUUCAGCUAUUUUCCUUUGAACAAGGAAACUGUUACACUAGCCACUUUCACAUUUCAAAUUGAUUGCACCUCGCUAUAUUACAUGCAAAUGCUCCAUAGGAAAACCUAUAGAACCAUAACUGGCCUUGUUCUUUAUCUGGAGAUCAGGGUAAUAUUUGUAUAUGAAGAAAUGGGGCAAGGUAGUGUAACCACAGCUGGUUCCCUUAUUUACCACUAAUGUCUUAAAGCAUAGAACUUAGUAGGGAUAGCCAUAAUUUUAUAUAGUUAGUGUAAGAUCCUCUAUUUAACAUAUAAAUGAAUACAAUAUAAAAUAAGGAUGGUAUUGGAAGCAAUAAAAUUGUCUUUUUGAUAUUAUAUAAAUAUACAUAUAAAAUCCAUUAUAGCAGAGUUUAUAAAAUUAAACUAAAUGAUUGCAAAUAUCAAUAGGUUAACAUACCCUUCUGAACAUGUCGUCAUUUUAGCCUCUGUCAUUUUAAGAUGGAGCAGCGUCUAAUCUCAAAGUCUCUUCUGUUUCUACAUUUAAAAGUACACUGAUUUAUACCUUAGGUGUCUGUUUUAGGGUUACUGUAGUUCAUAUAUGAAAAUAACUUUAAUUUAUCACUUUAGGAUCUUCCUUACCUUGGCAAAAAUACAAGGCCAUAACUAAAGGGUGUAUAAAUCAUGGAAAUUUUCCUGACUUAGUUCAAGAUGGCAUCUUAAAGUCUGAACAUCCUUAUCUGAGGUUGCCACAGUAUAUUACGUACUGAAAGAGUCGUAGCAUAGCCUUGAAGCUUGUUUAUGCGUUAUUGUAAUUCGUCUGGGACAAAAUGGCGUAAACAUAUUAUGCACUGAGGUUAUUGCUUAAAGAAACAUCUAUGAAAAACAAUAUGUUCCAUUUCGAACACCUUGUCAGUUUGCAAUAUCUCUUAAAGACAAAGUACAGUUUAAGAAAUACAUUUCAUUCUAAAAGUGUAAUAUUUGCAUUUGCUCAGAACAGUAGAGAGCUGUGUACAUGUUGCAUUUUACAUACUUUGUUUUCACUCUGGCUGCACUAGUAUGAAUAAACACCAUCUCCAAUAAAUUUUUAGAUGCGCUGGUAUCCUCCCUCUGAAGCCACCCAGCAAGGAUGGAAAUCUCGCCAGUUCUGCUAAAAGCUAUUUAGUAAGUAUGGACUUGCUCGUGUACAGUUUAAAGCCUGCACUGGUACUUAUCUAAAAAAAAUUCCCUACUUUUGUGUGUACUUUGGCUGUGAUUCAGUCCUGUGCUUUACCCACUCAUCUGUGUCACUGUGCUCUGGCCAAUGGGCAACAAAAGGCCUAAGUUCUUAAUCCAUCUUAAAGAUUUCACUUUAACUUAUUUAUUUUUUUUACUUUAGGUUCAUAUUAGGCCUUUAACAUGUAAACUUUAUUAAGAAACUGUCAGGAAAGCCACAAUAAAUUUAUAUAUUCUAUCAAUGUGUUGCCAGUAGCCUUAGUUCAGUUGGUACCAAGACAAAUUUUGUAGCUGUAUUGAAGUUUCUUGUCUAAGGACUCCAUGUCCAGCUGAUCUUCCAGAAUCCGUUUGACCUUGCUCUAUCAUAAAGUGCCUGGAGGGAUGAACGCUAUGCUAUGGGAUAAUUUAUAAUCUUUCUAGGAUUGUUAAUCUGAGCGGAUGUCUUGGCUGCCUUCUCAGCCAUUUCUAGAUCAGUGUUUCAGGACUUGAGCCAUAUCUGCUGUCCUGCUAGAGCGUUUACAUACCUUAAACUGCAGGGUUGUUUUGUUUUUUUUAGAUUUCUUCAACUUUGUCUCUCCAUGAAGUGAUGUACCUGGGCAUGAUCUGGCUGUGUCAAUAAAUCAUAUCCUCUUUCCAGAUGCCUCCAAACGUUUGGCCAACUCAUCCAACAUGGAGCCUUCAUAACACUGCUUUCAAUACAGACCUCGGCUGUCUACAGAAUAAACACUGGUUACUCCUUCAAACCAGGGUCUAACUGCAGAGGCCCAUUUAUGUGACCUCAAACGUUGGGUUGAAGGCAUGGUUGUUAGAGUGAAAGACUGUGUUAAAGUAAUUUCUGUAAUGGGAAGGUUUUUUCUUUUGCAUGUUGCUUCUCUGGCAUGAAUUAACAAUCUUGGUGUGUACUUGUUAAAUCUACUGCUUGUGUAACAAUUGCCGCAAGUCUCUAUAGAAUCCCUUUUGGAUUAUUUAUCAUGCUUCUGUGAAGGCUUAGCUCAAUGCUCCCAUUCCCCUUUAAGUUAAAGUGCACUGUUCUUUGGUCGCUAACUUACACCUUCAGUUUUUUUUUUUGCAUCUUUAUCGGAGAGUUUGUUCUUGCCAAAUAUAAUGCAACCUUAUGGGGAAACAGAGCAAAAGUACCAGUAUUUUUGUAACUUGUUUAAUAAGGAAAUAUUUAUGCAUUUAAGUGUUUUUUUCUUUUGUGUGAUAAUUAUUAAAAAGAAUAUAUUCUGUCAUAAGUUAAUGUUCGGUUAAAGUGUGGAGGUUCGGUAUGGCUUGUUUACUGUACUUGAACAAUGGUGCAAUUUUUGUUGCAGUCUACUGCUUAAUAUUGAUAUUUCAGUAUUAAAGGAAUCUUGCUUGUCUGGAGGUUAAACUUCUCCACUGCUGAUCCUAUGAAAAUGUGAUACUGGAUACAAAUAUAUAAAUAUAAAAAAUAAAAAAAUUCUCAAAGUU